AUGCGCUGCAAGAACGUGACCCCCCAGACAGGCCAGGAAUCUGUGAACUGAACAGACGUGUGAUACUGGAGAAAAAUAACAUAAUUAUAGCAAUUCCGCAAUGCACCAGUGCAACGACAACCGUGACAUCGACUCCUCACAGAUGAACUACCACGACCUCACCUUGGCAUGUUCUGACUUUCAUCUGCAACCUUAUUCCUUAAUGAGUGAAAAUCCAGUCUUCAGCACUGAUGACCUUGUAGAGAACCAGUCGCCAGCGCGCAAGAUGCAACUACUACGGCUGUUCCUAAUCGGCUGCAUCGACAGUGGCAAGGUCAAGGGUCUGCAGUGGCUUGACAAGGAGAAGACGCUCUUCAAGAUUCCCUCAAAACUAGCUGGCCAACACGACUAUGACCCUCAGGAGGACGCUAAGAUAUUCAUGCUGUGGUCGCGUAAUACCGGCAAAUACAAGGAGGGUAUCAUGGAGCCGGAGCCGGCGGUCUGGAAGACACGUCUUCGUACCGCCCUCAACAAACUCCCGGACAUCGAAGAGAUUCGUGAGAAGACCCAGUUCGAUAUCCCCGAACCUUACCGGGUUUACAAGCUCCAUCCCAAGAACAGUUAGUCUCUCUCUCUCUCUCUCUCCCUCUGCCUACCACACAUCCCCUACACUUAGUCUCUCAAGACGUAUAAAUCUACAUCUCUUCCUACAUCAAGAUACAUUUCCCAGGUCACGUUGAGAGCCGUUCGUUUCAAAAUUAUUCCUACUAAUUGAAACGAGUCUAAAGUAUUUGGUCACUUGGUGUCCAAGCUAUGAAGUAAAAGUGAGAAGAAAAACAUAAUGAAAUUAGAUUUGUUGGUUGGUUUUACUUGACUGCUAAGAAAGCAUGUGCAUUGUAAGUUAGCAAUCAGUGCUGUGGAGUUGUAAACAUAAAUUGAUCUAAAAAAAUAUGUCAC